CAAAAUUCACAAAAGAAAAACUCUGCAUGCGUUACAAAAAUCUGUCUGUCUCUCUCUCUCUAUAUCUCUCUCGUAUGGCCGAAACAUCCAGACCGUCCGAUUCAUCAUCUGAUGACACAAGCCGCGACGAUCACUCUGAUAGGAGACCAACCACCGUACUCAAGCUAUUCGGAUUUCCAGUAAUCGAAGGCGAUGAUAAUCCAUCAACGGCUGAAAAUGCACGUAAAUUCGAAUGUCAGUACUGUGGCCGAGAAUUUGCGAAUUCUCAAGCCUUGGGUGGCCACCAAAAUGCUCACAAGAAAGAACGACAAAGGGCAAAGCGGGCCCAAUUCCAUCCUAGCCGUAGAUUCUCUCAGGCCGCGCCGAUCCUGACCCCACAUGCAGCGCGGCCCAGCGCCUUCUUUUACUCAGGUGGGCCAGGUGCAGCUAGAUUCCGAUCGCCUAUGGAAUACUACCAACCAGCACCGAUGUUAUCUCCGUCAUCGCCUCGACUCCCUUCUUGGUUUUACAUGCCCCGACCGUCCAUGCCCGUCGCUGUUGCGGCCGUCGGGAAUCCGACUGUCAAUCCAGCGAUGGCUGGAUUCACGGACGUCGAUGUAGGUGUAGAUCUUCAUUUGAGUCUUGCUCCCUCUUCUACUCCAUGAGAAAAUGAUCGAAUUCUUCUGAGUUUUUUUUUUUUUUUUUUGUAUAUAUUUUUUUAUUUUUUUAUUUUCUUUUCUCUUUGAUUUUAUGAGGAAGUUUAGAGCCGUUGUAUUUUGUUUCUUAUUGAUAAAUUCUUAGUUCUGUUUUUUGAUAGAAUCAGCCAACUUCUGAGUGUGAAAACUACCAAAUUUAAACCAGUUAGGAUGAAAAUGUCAAUUUUAGGGUGGAAAACUCAUUCUGGUUUACUAAAAAUUUAAAUUUAGUAAAACAUCAGUAGAUUUUCCACGUCGGAUUUUUGCUAAC